ACUAUAUUGAACCAUGAAGAAGCACACAGUUGUUUACAACUUCAUUCAUCUUUCUUUAUUUCUCUCUCUUUGUUCACCCAUGUAUAAUAUAUAAUAAUAAUAAUAUAAUAUUCCAUACUUGUUGUAUUACUUCUUCUUCAAUUGGGUAUCCUUUCUUAUCAACUUUCUUAUAUGUAUAUAUGAUUCCCACAUAUCAAGGCCAACACUCUCUUCUUGAAGAUUGAACUUUUUCAGCCUUUUUUCUAGCAUUUAGUAUCUCACUCUUUGUUAUACAGUAUUUAUUACUACUUAAAAGAAUGGAAUUCAUUUGUCAUAUUAAAAAAGAUGAUCAAGAAUGGGCCAUUUGUUUAAAGUGAUCAUUAAUGUUUAAGUUGUUGUAAAGUUGUGUAUAAAGAUGAAUACUAGAGUUAAGACAAAUUUAAGGUCCAUGAGAACAACUUCAUUCAAAGAUCAAAAGGUUGAUAUGCCUAAGCAAAUGCAAAUGGAGAAUGAGAAAACAAGCACAAGCAGAAGAGGUUCAGUGAGAGAGAGAAAGAUGGCAUUGCAACAAGAUGUUGAGAAGCUAAAGAAGAGGCUUAGACAUGAAGAAAAUGUUCAUAGAGCUUUAGAAAGAGCAUUUACAAGACCUUUAGGAGCUCUUCCGCGCUUACCGCCUUAUCUCCCUUCUACGACAUUGGAGCUUCUAGCAGAAGUUGCUGUUUUGGAAGAAGAAGUGGUUAGGCUUGAAGAACAAGUGGUUCAAUUUAGGCAAGGUUUAUAUCAAGAAGCUGUCUAUAUUUCAUCUUCAAAAAGAAAUCUUGAAAAUGCACUUGAUUCACAAGAUUCAAAUGAUGGCAAAAAUAAGGCUUCCAAGUUAUCACCUCAAAUUGAGGCUAAUCCAUCUACACCUGUUACCCAAAAUUCGCCUAUCUUUUCAGAGAAUCAGUCACCAAAUGCCAUAAGGAACAAGACUCGAUCGCCCAAUGUGAAAUCUCAAAAUGUGAGUACAUUAGCAAGGAGAUCACCAUCCGGAAAGCGUUUAACUCCUCAAAAGUUACAGUUUGAAGGCAAAACAAUGGAGGCUGCAAAUAAAGAGGGAAGAACCAAUAUAAGUACUCAAGAAAAAGGAUCAGCAUUAUCAGGAGAAGAUGAUCCUAAUAAAAUUUCAGAAAGUAUUUUGAAAUGUUUGAUGACCAUUUUCAUACGAAUGAGUUCAACAAGGAGUAAAAGUAUGACAGAAAUGGUACCAUCAAUGACUUCAAUUGAAGCUCUCGAAGAAACAGAAGCUAAAGAUCCUUAUGAAAUCUCUUGUGAAUAUACAAAAACAGACAUUGGGGUGUAUAAACAUUUAUAUGCAAUUGAAGCAACCUCCAUUAACAAAAACCGGACAAGCAAUUCUAUUUUUUUGAUACAAAGAUUAAAGCUCCUACUAGGGAAACUUUCAUCUGUCAAUUUAACGAAUCUCACUCAUCAAGAAAAGCUUGCCUUUUGGAUCAACAUCUAUAACUCAUGCAUGAUGAAUGCGUUUCUUGAACAUGGAAUACCUGAAAGUCCAGAGAUGGUUGUUCAACUUAUGCAAAAGGCAACAAUAAAUGUUGGAGGUCACUAUUUAAACGCAAUCAGCAUCGAACAUUUCAUAUUGAGGCUCCCUUACCAUUCAAAAUAUACAUUUGCCAAAGGCGUAAAAAAUGAUGAGAUAACUGCAAGAAGCGUAUUCGGGUUAGAGUUAUCAGAACCAUUAGUAACUUUUGCACUGUCUUGUGGAAGCUGGUCCUCCCCAUCAGUAAGGAUCUACACUGGAUCACAAGUAGAAAAUGAGCUUGAAGUCGCGAAAAAAGAUUAUUUGCAAGCUGCAAUCAGGAUUUCAACAACAAAAAAAAUGGUAGUGAUUCCGAAGUUAUUGGAUUGGUAUAUGCUCGAUUUUGCAAAAGAUAUGGACUCAUUGAUGGAUUGGGUAUGCCUUCAAUUACCAAAUGAAGUUAGAAAAGAGGCAAUGAAGUGCCUUGAGAGAAAUAAAAGUGUACCCCUUUCAUGUUGUCUUCGGGUACUACCUUAUGAGUUUCGAUUCAGGUAUCUUCUGCACAAAUAAGUAUUUUUUUUUUGGGGGUUGGUCUUUUGAAGUUUUCAGAGUUAUAGAUUUAUAUACAGUUUGAUAAUACAAAAUGGAAGUAGAUAUAUAUAAUCCAUUCACCCUUAUUGUAAUUAUUAUUAUUCACUAAAGUGAUAUAAAUUACUCAUUUCUUUUA